ACAAAUUCAAAAACUGCUCCGCACUCUUUCUCACAUCUCUUUUGAGGCAGCUGAGUGGCUCAUCAAAGAUAUGAGAGCUACACUUGGACUCGUGGUGUGGCUCGUCACAAUUUCUCAAGGGGCGGGCAAGCUCUGUGAUGGCAGAAGAGAAGGAGCUCAGUGUUAUGGACCGCUGGAUGGAAAAAUAGUCCUCCGUCUGAUGGACACAGCCCCAUUUCGAUAUAACUGGCUGAAAAAAGCAAUAAUUUUACUCAGAGGGAGAGAGAACACACUUCUGACAAAGCUGCCUGAAAGAUUUAGCUUCACUCCAAACAGUGGGACGCUGAAGAUAGAAAACCUGAAGAGAAAUGAUAGUGGGAACUAUACUCUUCAAAUCUUUAACAAACAAGGAAUCGGAAUUGAGAAUCGGACGCUGCAGUUGUUCAUUCAAGCUCCUGUAACCUCGGUCCAUCUGGCCUCAAAGUGUCAGUCCCAAGGAGUGCAGCCGGUGUCUUGUUCCUCCAAGGGAGGUGACAGUCUUCAAUACAGGUGGAGCCUCAACAAAAAGCCCCUGCAAGACUCUGACCUCCUCUCAGGAGAUGUUCAAGCCAACAACAUCACCCUGAAACCAUACAUCUCAGGACAGCUAAUUUGCUUCGUUAGAAACGACGUCAGUGAAUCCCAAAAUGAAGUUACUCUAUCUUGCGUGUUCAUUAACUGCACAUCGAAUGGGACUGUCAUAUCUCAGUGGUUGCCUGAAAUGAAAAAAAACCUGUGUGACAAACCCACCCCAGGAGACGAGAGCCCUCACAGUACGAAUUAUUUGCCUCUAAUGGGCGGCAUUCUCUCAGCACUGUUCAUCCUCUUAAUGAUCGGAUUGGCGGUUGUGUACAAGUUGAAAAAAAAGCAAAGCAGUGUUGAAGAUGAAGAGGAAUUGACGUACGCUGACGUGAGGAUCGUUAAUCAGCCGCGGAGAUCAAUAAAAAUGAGAGAAGAAGUGGAGGUGGAGUAUGGCCAAGUGAAGUUGUCACAGCAACCUCGUGGAACUGUUGCGGCGAAAAACGAUGCAAGUAUUUACGCCCAUGUUCGCAAACACAGGUGAUUUUUCUUUUGUUGUUGUUAUUGUUUUACAAAAGUUCAAAUCUGAGUUGUUU